ACUAAGGAACGCCCACUGACAGACGCCGCGCGCAGACGCCGGCUCGUCUUUAACCGGCGGCUCCUGAGCUCCAGGUCGGCCAGAGAGGCUGAGCGCGGCGGGGACACGGCACGGAGCCCUCCGCUUCAUCCACAAGGAUGUCAUCACUCCUCCUCUUCACCUCGUUUCUCCUCCUUGACCCCAUCUGGGCUCUGGAGUUCCGUUACCAUGACAACAGUGAGAUUGAGCAGUACCUGAUACAAACCAGCAGGUCCAACCCCAACAUUACUCACCUGUACAGCAUCGGCACGUCCGUCAGAGGACAGCAGCUGUGGGUGCUGGCUCUGGGCGUCAACCCUCAGCGACACGUCGUGGGGAUCCCGGAGUUCAAAUAUGUGGCCAACAUGCAUGGAAAUGAGGUUCUGGGCCGGGAGCUGCUGCUGCAUCUGAUCGACCACCUGGUUCAGGGUUACCGGAACGAGGAGGCGUCGGCGCUGCAGCUCCUGAGGAGCACCCGCAUCCACAUCCUGCCCUCCAUGAACCCCGACGGCUUCGACGACGCCGACACGGACUGCCAGUACAGUCAGGGGAGGUUCAACCACAACGGCGUGGAUCUCAACAGGAACUUCCCUGAUGUCUUCUCUGAUCCCCAAAGGCAACAGCAGAGCGAGGGUCAAAGAGAAGCAGAGGUGAGAGCUGUGAUGGGCUGGCUGAGGAACGAGACCUUCGUUCUUUCUGCGAACCUUCACGGCGGAGCUUUGGUGGCGAGUUACGCCUAUGACAACAGCAACCAAGGUAGCAUGCAGAUGGGCGGGGCCAGCCUCACGCCGGACGACGACGUGUUUGUCCACCUGUCCAAAGAGUACUCCUACAGUCAUGCCUCAAUGCAUCGUGGGAACAUCUGCCAGGGCAGCAGGGCGUUCCCGGACGGCAUCACCAACGGAUACCACUGGUAUCCUCUGGCAGGCGGGAUGCAGGACUACAACUACGUGUGGGCGCAGUGUCUGGAGGUGACCCUGGAGCUGUCCUGCUGCAAGUUUCCUCCGGCCGACCAGCUGGAAGCGCUGUGGAGCGACAACACGGACGCCCUGCUGGCGUACGUCCGCCAGGUGCACCUGGGAGUCAAGGGCGUCGUGUACGACGGGUCUGGGGUGGCGGUGCAGAACGCUUUGGUGGAGGUCAAAGGUCGUAAGAACGUUUGUCCGUUUAGGACCAACUCACAUGGGGAAUACUACAGGCUGCUGCUCCCUGGAAACUACACCUUCACCGUGACGUACCCGGGUCACGAGGUUCUGACCGAGACGCUCAGCAUCCCGUACGGCCCAGACAAAUACUCCGCCAUGACGCACCAUUUCAGGUUACGCCGCACGUCUGCCAUCACAACAGCCUACAUACAAACCUGCCCCACGCCUGGCUAUAGUCAUGCAGUCAACCUGGAAGGGGGCGGAGCCACAUCCAGGCCCUCGUGGAUCAGGCACGCCGUGGGGAUCGGCCUGGCAGUGCUAGGUGGAUGGGUGAUUGAAUGACGGCCUCCUGGGUUUACAUGGGACUUCCAGCGGGGAGUUGGUCUUUGAACAAUGAGCCAAACUCCAAAAUGAAGACCUGACCCGACCCGAUCCGACCAGGUCGUUUCUGGCUCAUGAAGACUGCAGUCCGGCUUCUUCAUGCCAAGAAAUCUGGUUUAGGAGCAAAGAGAUUAUAAAGAAAGAAAAAGAGAGAAAUACCUCAGUGAAUCCAAUUUAAGCCUUUUCCUACAUUUUAGUGAAAAUAAUGUUGAGUUGAUUGAAAACAUUUUCUGUUACGGUUAAAUUUAAAGUUACCUGAAUGACUUCUGACUUUGAACUUCACUCCGGAGCAUCGGUAGGCUAACAGUGUUUUUCAAACAGUGUGGUAUGGGAAAUUACCCAUUUUCACUGAUCUAAAAACAUUUUCCAUGCUCUGCAUGGAAAAUGCUCUGUCUUCAUCCAAACAGACCCUGAUAAAACACUGAGUAGUUAGGAAUAUGAAAAUA